AUGGCUCCUAAUUACCCAGUGCUCCCGGAGAAGCUUCUCCUUAUCUCACUGAAGAUGUACUUUACCCCCGAGCGCACAUUGAACUAUCUCCGUGGCCUCUUAGCCCCCGAAAUUGUCAAGCCCGCCAACCGCGAGAAGCUUCUCCUAGCUCUAAUCCCCGACUUUCUGACCAUCUGGCCAUGUUCUGAGAUACUGAAAGAAUACGAGGAUAAGCUCACAUCUUUGGGGAUUCCCACCACCCCAGCGCCAUUCCUUCUUGGUGCCCAAGAUUGCAUGUGGGAAGAACAAGGUGCUUAUACAGGCGAGGUUUCUCCCGCUUCUAUUCGGGCACUGGGCUGCUCAAUCGUUGAACUUGGCCAUGCCGAGCGUCGUGCCAUUUUCGGCGAAACUGAUGAGCAAACUGCGCAUAAAGCGGCUGCCACCUGUGCACAGGGAAUGGUCCCGUUGGUCUGUGUUGGCGAGAUCACUGCCCCUGGUGCCAUAGCUUCGGAAGCGGUCGGACAAGCAGUUGCAGAGUGUUCGGUGUUGAUACGUGCUGUACUGGAGGCUAUCCCUGCUGAAGCACCAGUUAUUUUUGCAUAUGAGCCUGUGUGGGCCAUUGGAAAACCAAAACCUGCUGGCGUGGAUCACGUUGCCGCGGUUGUGGAGGGGAUCCGUGGUGUUGUGGGUGCGCGACCUGGUACAGCGCGGAUACUCUACGGUGGUAGUGCAGGUCCUGGACUCUGGGGUGCUGGUGGACUGGGUAAGGCUGUUGAUGGAAUGUUUCUCGGUCGCUUUGCCCAUGAAAUUGAGGGUGUGAGGAAAGUAGUUACUGAGGUGGAAGAGAGUCUGGGUGUUGCUUAA